AUGUCGAAAGAUCUUGUUUCCGAAAUACUCGAAGACCAUAAAAUUAUCAAUAAGCUUUGGACACGUUACGAGUCCGAAUCAGACAAUAACGAACGUCAGAAAAUUGCAAACACAAUUAUUCGAGAGAUCUCCGUCCAUUCUGUUUGCGAAGAAAUUAACUUCUACCCGUUGCUCGAAAAACAUCUUCAAAAUGGGUCGGAGAUGGCUGAUCAUUCUCGUGACGAACAUCUUCAAGUCAAAAAAGAUCUUGCAAAAUUGGAUAGCAUGAAGAUCACUGACGAAGGCUAUACGCUUCUUAUCAAGAAAGUCAUGAAUGAACUUAUGUCUCAUAUUGAAGAAGAAGAAAAGGAUAUCCUUCCUAAAUUCAAAGAAAAUGUUUCCGCUGAAAUUCUCAAUGAUGGUGGCGAAAAAUAUGUAUCCACGCGUAAGGUUGCUCCUACUCAUCCUCAUCCUCAUGCUCCUGAUAAGCCUCCAGCUGAAACUGCCGCGGGAAUGGCAGCCUUGCCUGUUGACAAAACUCGUGACUUAGCUCGAGA